GUGAAGCAAGCGAAGAUGGCGGUGUUUAGCACGGAAUCGGGCCUGUGUUUUGUAGAAGCUAGCGAGAGCUUCACGGAUUAUGAAGAGUGGUUUGCACAGUUUGUGGAGGCCAACGGAAUUGAAGAAGACAAGCGACGAGCUGUUUUUCUGUCUGUGGUCGGUGCAAAGACCUUUUCAUUGCUCACGGAUUUAUUGGCACCGAAAAGACCGUCAGAAUCAUCCUUAGCCGACAUUUUGAAAGCGCACAGAGACUUCUAUGUACCCAAGAAAAAUGUCUUGAGUGAAAGAUAUAGUUUCCGUGCACGGAAGCAGCUGAAUGGGGAAUCCCUGUCCGAAUAUGUGGCUGAAUUAAAGGGAUUAGCGUCCACAUGCGAGUUCGGCGUUUCAUUGGAAGAACAGUUGCGGGACCAGCUCGUUUACGGUAUAUGCAACAAGGAUUUACGAGCUCGGCUUUUGAGUGCCGCUUAUGGCGAACCGCUGACCUGGCCUAAGGUAUUGGACAUAGUGAACAAUUUUGAAUGUACUGUGACGAGUUUAAAAGCCUUUCAGCACGCGCCACUCAGAACCGACAGUGUGAGUUAUGCCAAGCUGGCUAGAGAGCACACAGGAGCGGAGGAAAAAAAACAUGGAAAAGCAGUCGCGAAAAGGGCGAGCAAACCCCCUGUUACCGGUAUCUUGGAAAGGGGCAUGCUGCAUCCAGUUGCAAAUACAAAGACUUGCAAUGCCGAGCCUGUGGAAAGAAAGGACAUUUAG